ACUGUGUAGCACACUAGCACUGUUACAGUGUAGAGACUGUCAAACAAAAAGCUUGAAAUGACAGGUCGCCAGGGAUCUCGUGUUGUGAAAUCUUAAACCGCUGACAUAAGUGUUAACAAAUUUGCCGUUGAACAAAUUCCCUGCUGGUCAACGUUGUCAUGCCCAGAUGCCGAUUUAAAAAGGCUCGCAUCUUCGGAAUAUCGAAUAGGAAGAGCUAACCUUUUUUUCCUCUCACUUCCGUCGUAUUCUUCGCCCUCCCUGUUUGGAAUUCGAGGAAAGAAAAUGAACCGGAGGAGAAACCCGAGCAAUUUCACCUACAUCAGCCCUUGCGUCAAGUAUAUGAUCUUCAUGCUUAAUUUCCUCUUCUGGCUGUUUGGAGGGUUGCUAAUUGGCAUUGGGACAUAUGCUUUUGUCGAUAAAUGGCGAGGUACAGGGGGCCUGUAUAAAGUCAAUACAAUUUAUGAUAUAUUACUUGACAUAUCUCUAGUCCUUAUUAUAUUCGGGGGAGUUGUUUUUGUCGUAAGCUUCGCCGGAUGCGUCGGAGCCCUAAGAGAAAACACGUGUCUCCUUAAAUUUUAUUCAUUAUGUCUGUUGAUAUUCUUCCUCCUGGAAAUGGCGAUCGCUAUAAUCGGCUUCGUGUUCCCUCACACCAUGCAGACUAUAAUUCAAGAUUCUUUUACAGUUCAAAUAAUACACAAAUACAGGGAUAAUGACGAUUUAAGAAACUUCAUAGACUUUGCGCAAAAGGAGUUCCAUUGCUGCGGCCUGAGUUCAGGAGGGUACAUGGAUUGGUCGAGCAAUGAGUAUUUUAAUUGUUCUUCCCCCAGUCGAGAACAGUGUGGAGUCCCUUAUUCUUGCUGCAUCAACGCAACAAACAUUGCUGGUGGUUUAAUUAACAUAAUGUGCGGAUAUGGAGCCCAAAAUCUUUCAGCUGCUGAAGCGAGUAAAAAAGUGUGGACAAGUGGCUGUAUCGAAGUCGUAAAAGCAUAUGCGGAGAGGAAUCUGUACACAAUCGCAGGUUUUGCAUUGGGCGUAGCACUCAGUCAGCUGUUUGUGAUAUAUCUCGGGAAGACCCUCGAAGGACAGAUAGAGCUACAAAAGUCGCGAUGGACGUCGUGAAACAUAGUUGCCUACCGCUAAAUCUUGACUGAUUUUUCUUUUUUGUUUCCAUACCUUUCUUCAGAAGUCUACGUAUGAACAGAGUUGAAAAAAAAAAAUGAAGAUGCGGUAGGCAUUCAUAAAUACAAAAACUAAUGCUUUUUUAUUUUCAGAAAAAUGGUAGGCUAAUGAAUUCUCUUUGUCAUUCCCUUGUUUCCAGUGAACAGACGAUUUUUUUUCCUCCGUCUUGUCUUUUCAGGCAACUAUUUGUUAUUGAAUAUUUAUUAUUAAUAAGAAGUUUGAAGAAUAAGACUUAGCUUCAAAAAAAGAAAAACCCGUGUUUUUCUCAUAUUGCAAAAAUCUAGUUUUAAAGUAAUUUUUAACAAAACGACUGCUAAAUUUUUGAUACCAGAAAAUAUAGUGUAAUAAUUAAAUAUAAUGUUUAGUGUAAAUGCCAAUACAAAAACGACAAACGUAACAGCUUUUAUUUUACUACUUAACAGGCGUGGGAGACCAAGUAG